GAGAGAAGAGAGAGAAACAGAGCUUACAGGGAGAGAGGGGGGAGAGAGACAGGCGAGAGGGAGAAGAGAGAGGCGUUUCGGGUUCGAGGAGGGGAGCUUCGAGCUUUCCGUCCUUUGGAUCGCUCCCAUCAAGAGAGACAGGAGAGGACUCGGAGAUCGACUGGGCGGCUUCGUUUGCUGAGCCGGCGUCGAUUUCGAGGGAUGAUCGCGCUGGCUACCAGCUUCUCAGCAGCUGAGCCAAAAAAAGAAAUCCCGGUUUCCAUCUCCAAGAGAUAGAAAAACAUCUCCUUUGGACUAAAAAUAGAUUCAUCUCUGCGUGGCCUCGACUUAGAACUUGAAGGAGAAGAAAGAGAAGAUCUGAUCGUUUGAUUGAUGUGGGUGGGGGUGGAUCAGAUAUGGACAAGGAAAGAUCUCCGGAUUUGAUGUUGCGAGGCAGAAGCUCGGCGAGUCGUCGUUUCUCGCCCGCAAGGCGACACCCAAUGCACUCCUCCUCUCCCAUCGUUUAUAACGGCAGUGAUGGUGGAGAUAGGGAGAGAUAUGGGAAUGUGUCAUCGAGUUGGAAAAAGGAGAAGGUCAGGGGCUCGAGGUCGCGCAACAAUGAGGCAGAAGGCAAGGUGGGUGGUGGUGGGUCGGAGGGGGAUCCUUUUCGUCCACCACUUACCACCACCACCACCAACAACGUGACUACUCGGAAGAGAGUUAGGCUCCAUGGAAAGACAUCAGAGGAUUGCGAUGCUGUGGAUCCUGCAUCAGUGCCUAGAAAAUUACGGUCAGCUAUAAACAAACGCAGCAACCAAUCGGCAUCUCCACCAUUGCCAGAUACAAGGAAGAAACGCCAUCGUACCUCUAACGAUACCCAGCUGCCCAAUGAUGUGAAUAAGUCCGAACAAACUAUGUCAACUAACUCAAUGACCAAAGAUGAGGAGGAGGUUGCUGAGACUUUGUUUGCAUUGGCCAAUAUGAUGCCUACUUUCGAGCCAGUUGAGGACAAGGAAGACCAAAAAGCAUCAGAAGAUAUGUCAAACAUAAAUGCUACCAAUGCUUCUCAUUCGGAAGCUUCAAAAGAAGAGGAUGCAAAUAAUUCACAGCCAUGUGUUGCUAAUGAAGUGAUAAAUCUUGCUUCGUGUUUGGAGGAAUCUAUUAGUGAAACUGCAAAGGCUGAACCUGCUUUGGAGCAUCCUGUCACCGUCACAGGAAGCCCAGCUAUUGAGCAAGAACCAAACAAAGCUGAUAAAUCUCAUGUUCAUGCAACUCUUCUUUUGUCUAAAAUAGAGCAUGCAGAGAGCACAUCUUCGAUGAACACUGCUAAUCAAUUAAAAUCUUCUGGAGCUUCAUCUCAGUAUUACUCUGGAAAUGGAUCGCUUCAACCAACACAAAAUGAUGCCCUUCCAGCUCUUCCUAUGCAAAAACCAGAUAUUGUGCUUUGGCCAUUUGGAUACACUGGAUCUGCUGCACUGAAACAUGAACUGCAGCCAAAUAAGCAGAGAACUGACACUGGUUUAAAUGUUGGGCAUCGGGAAGAAACUGAUCGUUCAGUGUGUCCUGGUUUGCCUAGUAGUACACAAGUGCCUCUGACAAUGUUGUCUACAAGUAAAACUGCAGCUUGGCCCGGAUCUGCUACUAGUAAUGUUGGACUCAAUUCAACUGGAAAUGGUCUUCCUACUGAAGAGCGUCCGGCAAUGCCUCUUAAUGUAAUGUGGUUACGGAAAAGGUGCGCUACUCAUGUAUACUUAACCCAUCUCAUCCGGCGCCCUCAGAACAUGGAGAGGAAGAGUUCACUGUCUGUCCCACCUAACCAGUCAAAAUCCAAGGAGGGAUCAAAUAUGGGGGCACCAGCGGCUAACGAGACAGCAGGGCUAAGAAAUGGGCUGAACUGCAUGGCUUCUGCUGGAACUAAUGGUUCCUUGAUGGAGAGGAAUGUACAUGAAGCCAGAAUGCAAAUGUUACAUAGUGAAAGACUUCUCCGAGCUCAGCAGGCUGCCACAUUAUCUGAAACCUAUGCUCCACAGAAGCAGACUUGUGAUAUUCUAUCCUUGUCGGCUGGUGGUGAAAGCAGUAAUCCCGGAAGUCGGGUCAAGUUAUCCGGGCAGCCUCAUUAUCCUUUCAUGCAUCCACAGGCCUCACACCAUUCUGUCAUGCCCUUUGGUUUCCCUCAUGUUCCUCACAUGACACCUUAUCCAGAAAAGCUCUCAGCUGCAGCUGCUCAACAGUUGCAGCUACCACAGUACAUGGGCAGCACAUUCUAUGGGCCACAGAUGGUCCAUGCAGGAGGCACAAGGCUCCCACAACAACAACAUCAACAGCCCAUAUGGCCCACCUAUUUGGCCCACUAUAGGCCCCCAAUGGGUGUCCCAGUGCGGCAGAAUGGGAGGCUACAUGACAUGUCCCGCCAGCCGCGCGCCCGUCCUCCGGCUUCGGCAGCCAUCUCUCCUUCCCCUGCUAUAGUGGCGCAUACUGGAGCCUAUCACCCAAUUAACCCCCCACAACAACAACACCUUCAUGUUAAUCCCUCAUUGUCAUCAUCAUCUCGGACAUGGCAUCACCUCAAUAGUUUCCUCGAUAAUGGUGGAUUCCUUCCUGAAGUUACAUCGCCGUUGCAGCUGCUUUGCAAUGCGCAACGCUCCUAAAGACUUGCAUUUGUUCAUCUGUGGAUCAUACUUGUUGCUAUAUUUCACCACCAUUUCCCCAGCCUUGAGAUGGUCAUUCUGUAGACCUGGCUGCUUGAGAUAAUUGUGGAGUGCUCAGUUAAGCACCUUGGGAGUAUGGUGCAUGGCUGAGUACACCGGAUGCAUCGAACUGGCUGCUAGCUGAGGCACAGCUGCACUUUUGCAUGGUAUAGUGGAAUUUUCAGUAUCAUUUUAUAGCAUAGAUUAGGUAAGAGAAAAGAAUCAGUGUGGUCGUUGCUGUGUAAUUUAGUUUGAAAUUUAGAAUGUCUGUACUUUGUGAUAGGUUCUAUUGGAUAAAUAAGACAGGUAAGUAAGAACAAUCUUCAGUUUUGAGAUGUAGUGUGAUGAUGCCAUGGCAACAAAGUUCAAAGCUAUUGACAGUAAA